CGAAGGUACACGUGUAGCACAACGCUGUACGAAGGUAGGCCCGAGCGUCAUAAGCAGUUGCUCCUCGACGAUGAUUUGAUUGCACCUGCGGCGCGAUAUCACACACAUUGUCUAGUGCCUCUUGUAACCACCGCCAUCAGGCUCGCAAAAAAAAUGUCCGAGGGCGGUGCAACUGCGGCCAUAUACGGCCUGAUCCGAGACGGCCAACACGAGGUGUGCAUCCCUGUCCUUGAGGCACAACUCUCGAUAGCUCGGAAAUCCCGCCCUGCGCUCUCGCUGCUCGGAUACUGUUACUAUCAUGCCGGCUACUACGACGACGCGGCGACCGUGUACGAGUCCCUUUCGCGUUUACACCCCGAGCAGCCAGCGUACAAAACAUACCAUGUGCAGUCUCUUUUCAAGAAGUCAGCCUACACUGAAGCCACAAAGUUAGCCAACGAGAUCGACGACCCAAAACAGGUUGCUCGUGUGGCAAACCUGAAAGCCGCUAUCGCGUUUGAUGGGGACGACACGGAGACUUGUAGAGCGGAGCUCGAACAGCACACGGAAGUUGAACCCAGCGCUGUGAUAAACCUUGGGUGUUGUCUUUUGAAAGAGGCGCGCCCUGAGGAGGCUAGGCUCGUGUUCACGGAUGCUAUGCACCGGCUUGGUUACCAUGCUGAGUUAGCGUAUAACAUCGCUCUUUGUUACUACCGCUCAAAACAGUUCGGACCGGCGCUGAAGCAUCUUGCGGAAAUAAUUGAACGAGGCGCGCGAGAACAUCCAGAGCUUUUCUUAAGCAACAAAACGGAACGUGGCGUUGACUGCAUGAACCUUGCGGAAGUUCGAAGUGUUGGCAACUCCACUGUGCUUAAGCAGACGGCUCUUAUCGAGGCAUUUAAUCUCAAGGCAGCAAUAGAGUACGCGAUGAAGAAUCCUAAAGGUUACCACGCGGCCCUGGCAGACAUGCCACCCCGGUCAGAAGAGGAGCUAGACCCAGUUACUUUGCACAACGUGGCGCUCAUGCUUGUGGAUGUGAAUCCUGUGGACAGUUUUCACAAGCUGAAUUUCUUAUUACUUUCACCGUCAUGUCCCCCCGAGACAUGCGGUAAUUUGCUGAUGCUGUAUUGUAAGCCAGAGCACGCUUUUUACGAUCUAGCAGCUGAUGUACUGGCUGCAAACAAACGUCUCGUUGAAAAGUACUUGCCCCGUGAUACAUAUGACUACGUCACUGCACUGAUCAUGUCACAUUUAUCUCCAGAAGAUGCGUACCUUCGCUUGGAUAUUUUGAACAAUAAGCACAUGGAAAGUCUGAGAAUGCUGACUCGGACUAUUCAUGGAGCGAGAGCAGCUCGUGAUGCUGAGGCAGUCAAACAAGCACUGCUUGCUUACGAUGACGCACUGGAGUUGUAUGUACCCAUAUUGAUGUCCAAGGCUAAGAUUUAUUGGGAUAUUGAACACUACAACCAGGUCGAGCAGAUAUUCAAAGCUGCAGCAGAGCACUGCUCAGAGCACGAGGCCUGGCGCCUAAAUGUUGCACAUGUUUUUUUCAUGCAGUCACUGCAAACAGAUGAAAAAUACGCUGAGGCAAUAGCGUAUUAUGAACCCAUCGUAAGACAACAUGAACCCAAUCUGCUAGAGUGUACAGCCAUCGUUCUAGCCAACUUGUGUGUUGCGUACAUCAUGACGAGUCAGAACGAACAGGCAGAGGAGCUUAUGCGAAGAAUCGAACAAGACGAGUUCGAUUCAGAAAUUGUCAAACUUGAAGCAAGGAAUUUUCAUCUGUGCAUUGUGAACCUAGUUAUUGGAACGUUAUACUGUACCAAGGGGAACUAUGCAUUUGGAAUCAGCCGCGUAAUGAAAUCACUGGAACCGUUCCCCAAGAGACUAGAUUCAGACACCUGGUUCUAUGCGAAAAGGUGCUUUCUGAGCCUCAUUGAUCAAAUGACAAAGAGAAUACUGUCGGUGGGGGAUGAGACACUGGAAGAGAUCAACUUAUUUUUGGAUAGUGUAGAGCGGCAUGGAAAGCAUGUUCUAGCGUUCUUCAAGCAGCCGAGUUUCGAUGAUGUGAACGGACAGACAGUUUCAAAUGAGGCACGCGUGCUGAAGACCGCGUUUCUAAAGCUUCGGGGUUUGUGAUGAAGUUUUGAGCAUCUUAAUUAUACAGUUGUAUAAAGCGC